GUUGGGACCAUGGUGUUACCUUCGCGAUUACACUGGAUCAGAAACAGGCCAUGGAGGGACAGGAUCCGGAGGCGCCAGCUCAACCUGUGAAUAUUUGAAGUUAAACUGGGCAUGGCCCCACAUGUCUGAUUACUCACCCAUCAACAUCCAACCUGAAGUCACAAAUUUGGCUUCAGAGAAUGUUGUGGAGCUGAAAGGAUGGCAACUUCAAUUUUCAAGAAAUAACUAGAAACGGAGAAAAUAGCUUUCCAAGUCAUCAAAGAAAACCCAUGGUGAGAAGGAUAUUAAUGGAUUAAAACAGGCAUAAAGAGGAAACUGAAGGCAAAGCAUUGACAAAAUCUAGAAAUGAUUAUCAGCUUCAGCUAAGUCCGAUACUCACCAGCUCCAAGGACAGAGUAGGGAAGCAUCAGUUACAAGUUAGGAGAAACAGCACUGCAGUAUUGUCGGGGAGCAAGGUGAGGGCUUUCCUUCCUCUUUGAGGGUCAGUUGUCAGUCUGGGGCCACACUGCUUCCAGAAGGGCACAGAACUGGAAACCUUUAACAAUGGUUAAAAAAUCUGAUUGCUCUUGUUCUGUCGCCUGCCACUGCUGCCUGAGCCCGAGUGGUUCACUGCACCCUGAAGACAGAUUCCAGACACUGGGAACUCGCGCCUCCAAUCCCAGACACCAUGUCCAGCAAAGGCUCCAUGAGAGUUCUGGCCUAUGGUGGAGGCCUGGACACCUCCUGCAUCCUCGUGUGGGUGAAGGAACAAGGCUAUGAUGUCAUUGCCUACCUGGCCAACACUGGCCAGAAAGAAGACUUCGAGGAAGCCAGGAAGAAGGCACUGAAACUUGGGGCCAAAAAGGUGUUCAUUGAGGAUGUCAUCAGGGAGUUUGUAGAAGAGUUCAUCUGGCCGGCCAUCCAGUCCAGCACACUGUAUGAGGACCGCUACCUCCUGGGCACCUUUCUCGCCAGGCCCUGCAUUGCCAGCAAACAAGUGGAAAUCGCCCAGCAGGAGGGGGUGUCCCGCGGCGCCACGGGUAAGGGGAAUGAUCAGGUCCGGUUUGAGCUCACCUGGUCCUCGCUGGUCCCCCAGAUAAAGGGCACUGCUCCCUGGAGGAUGCCCGAGUUCUACAACCGGUUCAAGGGCCGUAAUGACCUGAUGGAAUACGCAAAGCAGCACGGGAUUCCUAUCCCGGUCACUCCCAAGAACCCGUGGAACAUGGACGAGAACCUCAUGCACAUCAGCUACGAGGCUGGAAUCCUGGAGAACCCCAAGAACCAAGUGCCUCCAGGUCUCUACACGAAGACCUAGGAAACGGUCAAAGCCCCCAACACCCCUGACAUCCUCGAGAUCGAGUUAAAAAAAGGGGUCCCCGUGAAGGUGACCAACGUCAAGGAUGGCUCCACCCACCCGACCUCCUUGGAGUUCUUCAUGUACCUGAACGAAGUCGCGGACAAACACGGUGUGGGCUGUACUGACAUCGUGGAGAACCGCUUCAUUGGAAUGAAGUCCCGAGGUAUCUAUGAGACCCCAGCAGGCACCAUCCUUUACCACACUCAUUUAGACAUCGAGGCCUUCACCAUGGACUGGGAGGUGUGCAAAAUCAAACAAGGCCUGGGCUUGAAAUUUGCUGAGCUGGUGUACACCGCUUUCUGGCAUAGCCCUGAGUGUGAAUUUGUCCGCCACUGCAUCGCCAAGUCCUAGGGGCAAUUGGGAGGGAAAGCGCAGGUGUCCGUCCUCAAGGGCCAGGUGUACGUCCUCAAGGGCCAGGUGUACGUCCUCAAGGGCCAGGUGUACAUCCUUGGCUGGGAGUGCCCACUCUCUCCCUACAACGAGGAGCAGGUGAGCAUGAACGUGCAGGGUGAUUAUGAGCCAAUUGAUGCCACCGGGUUCAUCAACAUCAAUUCCCUCAGGCUGAAGGAAUAGGAAUAUCAUCGUCUCCAGAGCAAGGUCACUGCCAAAUAGACCCCUGUACAAUAAGGAGCUGGGGCCUCCUCAAUUUGCAGAUCCCCCAAGUACAGGCGCUAGUUGUUGUGAUAAUUUGUAAUUGUGACUUGUUCUUCCCAACUGGCAGCGUAGUGGGGCUACCAGGCCCCAGCUUUGUUCCCUGGUCCCCUGAAGCCUGCAAAUGUUGUCAUUGAAGGGAAGGGUGGGGGGCAGCUGUGGUGGGUAGCUAUAAAAUGACAAUUAAAAGAUACACUAGUAAAAAAAAAAAUUGACUGCUCUGAAAACGAGUCUACUGGGCAGUGACAUUCACAUUUCUGAAAUUAAUGCAUACUCUAUUUGCAUUUUCUCUUUUUCCUGUCUUCACCUGUCUUUGACAAUUAGUAAAUAAAUCCCUAAACCUUAUAAAUAUUAUUUUGGGCUAGCCAUGGUUGCACCACCAUGUUUGUAAUCCCAAAACUUUGGGAGAUGGUGGGGAGAGGACUGCUUGAGCCCAUGAGUUCAAGACCAGCCUGGACAACAUAGUGGGACUCUAUCUCUACAAAACAAUCAAAAAAUUAGCUGGGUGUGGUGGCACACACCUGUAGUCUAGCUACUCAGGAGGCUGAGGUGGGAGGAUAGUUUGAGCCCAGGAGUUUGAGGCUGCAGUGAGCCAUGAACACACCCCACUCCAGCCUGGGUGACAGAACAAGACC